AUGGAAUGGACCAAUGAUGAUGUAUUAGAGUUUUUGGAGUUGUAUGAAGCUCAACCAGCAAUUUGGAAUCCACGUCAUAUUGGUCAUAAAAAUAGAAAUAUAGUUCACGAUGCUUGGAAAGAAAUUGAAAGCAAGCUAAGUGUCAAAACUGAUGUUACUGAAAUUAAAAAAAAAAAAGAUUCGCUUAUGGCCACAUAUAGAAAACUUUCCAAUAAAGUCAAAGCUAGCAUGAGUACUGGUAGUGGUUCUAACGAAGUUUUCAAACCUGAUUGGUUUGCCUACAACUCAAUGACAUUUUUACGUGAUGUUUAUGAGGCGAAAAAAACCAUAUCAACGGGUCAAUUGGACAAUUCGGUAGAUGGUAGUGAAAUUACGGUAGAAGAUAGUCAAUUGCAGGACAGUUCUGAAAUGGAUGUACCUCAGAAUCUGAACAACAAUUUCAAAAGCCCAUCUAGUAAUUUCACUAAAAAAAGAAAAGUUGACGAUAAAGUAAAAAUAAUUGAAAACAGGAUGGACGAAGCAUUUUCGUUUUUAAAACAGAUAUCACUAACUCCGGCAAAAACUAAGUGUUCACUUUUUACCGACUUGUUAUGCGUAAAAUUACAAGCACUUAGUGAAGAAAAUCAAGAUAUCGCAAUGAUGGAGAUCGAUAAUAUUAUGUUUCGCCUCAAACAUUCUGUUAACCAAAUGGUGCAGCCAUCAUCUCAUUAUCAAUACCCAAGUACCAGUUUCCCGACAUAUUCGCCAUACUUAGCAAAUGAUAAUUAUUCAACCACAUCAUCAUCAUCAUCUGCAUCUUUUCAGCCACAACCAUCGCCCGACUACAUAUCAUCUAUGCCAUCUACUACAUAUUAUUGUGAUUUUCAGGAAUUUCAAAAUCCAUCACCAACACCAUCACAACAUAGCAAUGUAGGAGAACAAAAUUUGGAUUAA